CUCAGAGGAGGGCUGAGGGGGGGCAGGUUGCUAUAAAGCUCCUCUCCCCAGAGUGACGAAGCCAGAACAGUUAGCAGCCAUUCACACGACUGAUUCACGGAGUAUUUCUGAUUCCGCACGGUGAUUACUUUUUUCCUAACGCCGGGACCAUGAUGAUCCCAAGUGUCAUCGCGCCUCCCGCCCUGUACCCGGGGCUGUACCGGCCGGCCGCGGCUCUGCCGCCCGCCUUCCCGGCGCACUCCAGCUUCUUGGUGGAGGACUUGCUACGGAUAAGUCGUCCCGCGGCCUUCAUAAACCGAACUGUGCCGUCAGUGAGCGCCUCCCUGCCCGUCGUCACCACCACCGCGUCCUACAACGGAGCCUCCGCGGAGCGCGCAUUGGCUACGGCCGCGGUGACGCGCGAAUCCUGCUCGCCCAAAAUCUCAAAGGACCCAAGUUUCCUCAAGUUUGGCGUGAGGGCAAUCCUGGCUCCGUCACCAAAGGCCGCAUCCUCACCUCCAGCGAUCCACAGUCUCCACUCCAAGACCUUCCCAGUCCCCUGCUUUGACGGAACCUUCCACCCCAUAUUCAGGACACCAUAUUUACCAGCAUCUUCCUCCGUUGUUCCCAUCCCUGGGACCUUUUCAUGGCCCCUGGCCGCCAGAGGAAAACCCCGCCGAGGAAUGCUGAGGAGGGCGGUGUUCUCCGACGUCCAGCGCAAAGCUCUGGAGAAAAUGUUCCAGAAACAGAAGUACAUCAGCAAGCCCGACAGAAAGAAGCUGGCUUCUAAGCUGGGCCUUAAAGACUCUCAGGUGAAAAUCUGGUUUCAGAACCGGCGGAUGAAGUGGAGGAACUCCAAAGAGCGGGAGCUGCUCUCCUCCGGUGGAUGCCGCGAGCAGACCCUGCCCACCAAAUCCAACCCCCACCCGGACCUGAGUGACGUGGGGAAGAAGUCCUCAGCCGAGGACGAGGAGGAAGAAGAGGAGGAAGAGGAGUUUGGAAGAGAGAGAAUGAGUGUGGCAGGAUGCAGCAUUUCCUCCCCCUCUAUGUCCAGCAAGCACUCGGACUUCUCAGAGUCAGACGAUGAAGAAAUAACCGUCUCUUAAUUUAUUUUUGGAAGCAGACAUAAACGUAUAAUCCACGAGUUGUUUUGAUGUGACUGUGAACAGGUCUGUAAGAAGCUGCUGGCGCGAAACAACAACAACAACUCAUCACAUGUUCUUUUUCUGUUUGUUGCAUUAUGCGCACUGGACAGGAUCUGCUUCUCAGAGCGUUUGCUGUUUUUGCACAGCUUUGUUCAACUGUACAGUAUUUUGUACAAUUUGUAUGGAAAUUCUAUGCCAAGAAUACCGAGUUACUUUCUCCCUGCUACUGAAUAGAGUUGUUUAUUGACAAAAAAAAUUUAGCUAUUUCGUUAAUAAUUUAUAUACAUUUGUUUAAGUAUGUUGUAUUAUGUCCUGUAUAUAUGUUCUAUUUCACAACUUUUGUACAAACACCAAAUAAAGCUGCGAAUAAUUAACUGA